AUGCCGAAUCUGUUCAUCGAUGUCCGAAACAUGCAACUGGAUGAAACUACUGACGUCUCUCAGUGCAGCCAGCUCCUGGUUUUCGUCUGUUAUAUGCAUGCUGAUGCCAUCAAAGAAGAAUUCCUAUUUUGUGAGCCUCUUUUGGAAAGUACAAAGGCCAUCGACAUCUUAGAAAUGGUGAAUAGUUUCUUUGCCAAGCAAAACUUCGACUGGAAGAAAAAUCUUGGUACUCUGUGCACAAACGGAGCACCUGCGAUGCUUGGCACCACAUCUGGUUUUGCUGCUUUGGUGAAGAAAGAAGCUCCUCAGGUCAUCGUGACCCAUUGUUUUCUACAUCGGCAUGUAUUGGCGUCAAAGACUCUGCCAGCAAUUCUGAAAGAAGUCUUGUCUACUGACAUGAAAGUCGUCAACUUCAUCAGAGCCAGGGCUGUGAACCAUCGCGUUUUCAAGAGGUUUUCUGAAGAAAUGGGAGCAGAAUAUGAAGUUCUUCUCUACCACACAGAAGUUCGCUGGCUUUCCAGAGGACAAAUCUUGAAGCGCUUGGUUGAACUUCGAGCAGAAGUUUCACUUUUUUUGAGAGAAAAGGAAAGCCCACUCUCAGUACAGUUUGACAGUGAGGAGUUCAUUCAUGGCUUGGCCUACUUUGCGGAUAUUUUUGGCCAUAUGAAUGAGGUAGAAUUCUGCAGACAUCUUGAGACUCUGCAGAACUCUUUCAAAGGUUACUUCUGCUCAGGUGACCUUAAAGUUGAAACGUGGAUUCGUAAUCCUUUCCUUGCCGAGAUAGACUGUAUCAGUGAUGAAGACCUUGCCAAAGAUGACCUCAUUGACCUGAAGAAAAAGGAAAAGUUACGAAAUGAAUUCAACUCGAAGAGCCUUGGAGAAUUCUGGUGUGCGUUGACACAAGCCUACCCUCGUCUGGAGAGUAUGGAGACGGCUGUCAACGAAUGCAGCACGUUUACCAGAGAAGGGUACGUUGACUUCCUGGCUAUUUUCACCAAACCAUCCCUGGUGUUUUCAUCUGAUGUGGCCGAGGAUCUUGCUGCAGGUUUUUGUGUUGACAGUUUUGAGGGAACCCAAUUUGGCACUCGGUCUCAGGUUUUGUUGUUGGGUUAUUUAUCAGCCCCUCGUUGA